AUGGGCAUCGGAGGAGUCCGACUCCAAUUCGGAAUCGGAGUCGGAGUCGCCGCGCUUGAGAUAAAACUGAACCGGCCUUUCACCGGCGAGUACGGCUCCUCGGUGAGGAUGAUGGUCAGCUACGGCGGCGAGAUCGUCCAGGGCGAUCACGGGCCAGACGGCAAGGCGGCGGCACCGUGCUACGCCGGGGGUGUCCACCGCAUCGUCAAGGUCGGCCUAUCCGAGCGGCUGGCCGAACUCAGACAGAGGAUGGCGGCGCUCGCCGGCUGCCGUGACGUGUGCAUUCGCUACGCGCUACCCGGAGAGGGCCUCGGCCGCCUCCGCGACGUGGCGAACGACGGCGACCUGUGGGGCCUCGUGUCGCUGCUGUUCUGCCACGACGCGUCCAAGACCGGCCGCGUCCGGGUCUUCCUGUUCGCCGUCGAGGCGCCGCUGCUCCGGAGCGCGUCGGCGCCGUCGUCGUUACCGGCGCUGGUGGAGGAGGACGCCACGACGGCGGUGUCUGGUGGUGCCGUCACACUGGGGUUGCCACGCAGCGCGUCUUCACCGUCGCUGGCGACGUCGGACUCGGGCACCGCCGUGAGGAUGAAGGUGAGCUACGGCGGGGAGAUCAUCCAGAAGCAGCGCGGCGGAUCAGCGGCGGCAUCGUGCUACUACGCCGGGGGAGUUCACCGGAUCGUCAGGGUCGGCCUGUCGGAGCGCCUCGCCAGCCUCCGGACGCGGCUGGCGGCGCUCGCCGGCUUCUCCGGCUCCGACGACGUCCGCAUCCGGUACGCGCUCCCGGGAGAGGAGGGCCUCCACCUCCACGACGUGGAGAGCGACGGCGACCUGUGGAGCCUCGUGUCGCUGCUUUUCUUCCACGAGGCGGUGAUGGCCACCUCCAGCAAGCCCAAGCAAGGCCGCAUCCGCGUGUUCCUCUUCGCCGCCGACGACGCCCCGGCCGCGCCGCCGCUCCGUCGUCGCAGCGCGUCGUCGCCGUCGUUGGUCGACGUCGCCAAGCAUCAGGGCGCGUUACCCGCACUGGCGGAGGAGGAGGAGGAUAUGGACAUCGACACGGCGGCUGCGACUUCGCCGGCAGGUGUCAGCGUCACCCGCACCGGCCAGGGGAUGCGGCGGAGCGCGUCCUCGCCUGCGCUGGCGCCGCCGCCGCCUUCGGAGUCGGGCACCGCGGCGGCGACGUCGACGUCGUCGUCGUCGUCAGGAGAUGGCGUGCAGUUUGCUCCGGUGGUGUGGGGUGCCACUGAUCCCCGUGUGGCCGUGUACCCGUUGUUCACCUGUUGUGUUCCACGUGGCAUAGUGAAAACUGAUAACGAGUUUGGGUUAGGAAUUUAG